GGGGGCCCAGCCGGGGCUCGCUCAGCAGCGCGGAGCCGGCCGCCGCGCCGCGGGGCCGUGACGGGCAGUGCCCCCGAGGGAAGCGCGGGCAGGACCCCCCUCCCCGGUCAUUUCUCCUUCUGGACCCCGCCCCGGAGAGAUAUGCGCAGCCCAAACCGCCUGGAAGCGUCUCCUGGGAUUGCCUUGGCCCCCGGGCGUGAGGAGUGCGGAGCCUUCCCUCGGACAGCGGGCGCGGCCCCGCGGCUUUGCCUCCCUCUCGUACUCCUCCUGCUCGCCCUGACGCCCCGCGCCGACUCCUCGUGGUGGUACAUCGGGGCGCUGGGUGCGAGGGUGAUCUGCGAUAACAUCCCGGGGCUGGUGAACAAGCAGAGGCAGCUGUGCCAGAGGUAUCCCGACAUCAUGCAGUCGGUCGGGGAGGGAGCCAAGGAAUGGAUCCGGGAGUGCCAGCACCAGUUCCGGCACCACCGCUGGAACUGCAGCACCCUGGACCGGGAUCACACCGUCUUCGGACGGGUCAUGCUGCGAAGCAGCAGGGAGGCAGCCUUCGUCUACGCCAUCUCCUCGGCUGGAGUGGUCUAUGCCAUCACGCGGGCGUGCAGCCAGGGGGACCUGAAGGCCUGCAGCUGCGACCCGCUCAAGAGGGGCCGCUCCAAGGACGAGCGCGGGGAGUUCGACUGGGGCGGCUGCAGCGACAACAUCAACUACGGGAUCCGGUUUGCCAAAGCCUUUGUGGAUGCCAAGGAGAAGAAAGUGAAGGAUGCCCGGGCACUGAUGAACCUGCACAACAACCGCUGCGGGAGGAUGGCCGUGAAGCGCUUCCUGAAGCUGGAGUGCAAAUGCCACGGGGUGAGUGGCUCCUGCACACUAAGGACUUGUUGGCUGGCAAUGUCAGAUUUUCGAAAGACAGGGGAUUACCUAAGGAAGAAAUACAACGGGGCCAUCCAGGUGACCAUGAACCAGGACGGCACUGGCUUCACCGUGGCCAACAAGAACUUCAGGAAGCCCACAAAAACAGAUCUGGUGUACUUUGAGAACUCACCUGAUUACUGCGUGAUGGACAAGUCAGCAGGCUCGCUGGGCACGGCCGGCCGCGUGUGCAACAAGAUGUCCCGCGGGACGGACGGCUGCGAGGUGAUGUGCUGCGGGCGCGGGUACGACACCACGCGCGUCACGCGCAUCACCAAGUGCGAGUGCAAGUUCCACUGGUGCUGCGCUGUGCGCUGCAAGGAGUGUGAGGACACUGUGGACGUGCACACGUGUAAGGCACCCAAACGGGCCGAGUGGUUGGACCAGACCUGAGGAGAUGGAGCACAGAGGGAAGAACCCACCACCACCUCCCCUUCCUGUUUUUUAAACCCCUGUGCCCUGAGGGCCAGGACGUUCUGGGAGCUGUAGUUCAACUGCAUGGCUUUUAUUUAAUUAAUUCUGCAAAGCACUAAAGAGACGACUACAUUUCCCAGGAGGUGCUGUGGACCCUUCUGUUUGCUCAGCAAAACUAAUCCCCUACCUAGGAGGAGUCUGCAAUCCCUGCUUAAACUGUGAAACUGCCGUUGCCAGUUGCGCUCUCUGCAAAGGGACGGUGCAGCCGAUACAGAUAUGGAGGACUGACGGUCGGGAUGUGAUGGCUGAGGACACAUGCACCGCCCCAGAGAACUUCUGUUGCAGUAAAGCUUCACCAGCAAACAACCACUAGUGCAGAAUAAUCCGCUCUUGCAGAAAGCAUUUUCUUGUACUUUUCGGCAAGGCCAGAGGAAGGGUGUUAUGAAUCCGUAAGACAGUUCUGUGAUCCCUUGCGCAGAGCACCCUGCUGAGCACCAGCAAACUCUGCACGAGGCUUCUCCCCAUCUCCUCGGCGAAGGUGACGAGUGGAGCUGUGGGUUGAAACUGAAUCCUGAAGGAUUGCGCAGAGGCAAGGGCCAGCCCCAGGCGCUGGCAGACCCAGAGGGCUAGAGAGAGCAAAGCAACCUGUGAACUCACUGGUAGGUUCUGGAGACAACAGAUAGAGCAGCGUCUCUGUACAACUCACUUGUAUGUUGUGUAUACUGCUUAUUAUUUUAAGUCAAAAUUCAUUAUAAACCUGUAUCAGAAAAU